UCUUUAAGAGCUCUGAGAACCCAAACUUGUGGCCGCCCCGCAGCUGAGCCGAAGUGGAGCUGGGAGCUGCCCAGACGACCUGAGGCUGCCAGCUGACCACCUUCCUCCCUACAGAUCGCUGGAGCCAAGCUCAGCGGGGGAGAAGCCACGCUCGCGGGUGGGUGCCGGGGCUAAGGGCGGAAGCCGGGUUCCCACAGAGGCCUCCGCGCCCAGGCGGCUGCAGCGGCGGCGCCGGGGGACCGGAGGCCUGACACCGGGAUGCGCCCCCCACUCUGGACAACCGGCCGCAGAAGUAAAGGGCCAGCAUCCCGCCACAGCUAUGCUUCCCGCGGGACAAUCUCGGGAGAAGGUCCUGGAAGAGGCUCGCAGGCCGGUUUUCCGAGGGAAACGGCGAGGUGGGGAGGGAGCGCCCAUGACCCUCCCCGCCCUCCCCUCUCCCGCUCACCCGGCCGCACAGGCGACAGGACUGUUCCGAAGAAACGUACUCGGGGUUGUAGUGUCGCCCUCCGCCACACGGGGCUGGAUCACCUGCUGGCUCGGCGGCAUCGGUCCGGGCUCCUCUCUUGGUGGAGGCAGGCGGAGGCGCGCCUGCGGCGUCCUCUUUCAUUGGCCGCGGCGAGGGCGCUGCCAUGUUGGAGGAAGCGGUGCCUUCUGUGAGGUGGAAACGCCGUGGCUUCACCCAUAGCGUUGGGGAGCGCAGCCUCCUACCUUUCCUUCUCGCUGGAGUGUUGGUGCUGAGAGGCGGCGGCCGGCGGGAUGGAGAGAAGUAGGAUGAACCUGCCCAAGGGGCCGGACACGCUCUGCUUCGACAAGGACGAGUUCAUGAAGGAAGAUUUUGACGUCGAUCACAUUGUGUCUGACUAUAGGAAGCAUGUCCAGCUGGAGGAACUAAGAGGAGAUCUGGAACUCUACUAUAAACUUCUUAAAAUAGCCAUGGUGGAGCUCAUCAACAAGGAUUAUGCAGAUUUUGUCAACCUUUCCACAAACUUGGUAAACCUGAAAUUCACAAGUCCUACACACACACACACACACACUUUCUCUCUCCUUCAUAUUUAUUAAAAGGGCAGAGUUUUUAGAAACCUUUCAGUUGAUUACCCCACCAACCCCACCAGAAACUUGAAGAAAUUACCAAUUUCAUUAAUAAAAGAACUAAACUUUUUGGAAUACA